CAACGCUAUGGCGUCCGUCGCCGCAUGGCUGCCGUUCGCCCGCGCCGCGGCCAUCGGCUGGGUGCCCAUCGCGACCCACCCGCUCCCGCCACCGCCCGUCCCCAAAGACCGCCGCCGUGCCGAGGACGAGAAACUCCUCAUCAACGUCUCCGGACGACGCUUCGAGACAUGGCGGAACACCCUCGAAAAAUAUCCCGACUCCCUCCUCGGGUCCUCCGAAAGAGAGUUCUUUUACGACGAGGACAGUCGAGAGUAUUUCUUUGACAGAGACCCUGAUAUUUUCAGGCAUAUACUCAAUUAUUAUAGGACAGGGAAACUGCAUUACCCAAAACAUGAGUGCUUAACGGGUUACGAUGAGGAGUUGGCGUUCUUUGGUAUUCUCCCGGACGUCAUUGGAGAUUGUUGUUAUGAGGACUAUAGGGAUAGGAAGAGGGAGAAUGCAGAAAGACUUAUGGAUGAUAAGCUCAGCGAGGCGGGAGACCAGAGCCUCCCGCAGCUCACAGACUUGAGGCAGAAGAUGUGGCGGGCGUUUGAGAACCCGCAUACUUCCACGGCUGCUUUAGUAUUUUAUUAUGUGACUGGAUUUUUCAUUGCCGUCUCCGUGAUGGCUAACGUUGUGGAGACCGUGCCAUGCGGGCAUAGACCUGGCCGAGCGGGCACCUUGCCCUGUGGUGAGCGCUACAAAAUAGUAUUCUUCUGCUUGGACACGGCGUGCGUGAUGAUAUUCACUGCCGAGUACUUGCUGCGACUGUUCGCAGCGCCGGACCGCUGCAAAUUCGUCCGAUCCGUCAUGUCCAUCAUCGACGUAGUGGCGAUAUUGCCCUACUAUAUCGGACUUGGAAUCACGGACAACGAUGACGUGUCCGGGGCAUUUGUUACGUUGCGAGUGUUCAGAGUGUUCCGUAUCUUCAAGUUCUCAAGGCACUCGCAGGGGCUCAGGAUCCUCGGGUAUACCCUGAAGUCUUGCGCCAGCGAGCUCGGUUUCCUAGUUUUCUCUCUGGCCAUGGCCAUCAUCAUAUUUGCAACUGUUAUGUUCUACGCGGAGAAGAACGAGCAAGACACCAACUUCACAUCCAUUCCUGCCGCCUUCUGGUACACCAUCGUGACAAUGACGACUCUAGGGUACGGUGAUAUGGUACCAGGGACGAUAGCUGGCAAGAUCGUGGGCGGCGUUUGUUCACUGUCUGGAGUGCUCGUCAUCGCCCUGCCUGUACCCGUCAUCGUGUCCAACUUCUCCAGGAUCUACCAUCAGAACCAGAGGGCUGACAAACGGAAGGCCCAGAGGAAAGCCCGUCUCGCUCGCAUUCGUAUCGCGAAAGCAUCAUCAGGAGCUGCCUUCGUGUCAAAGAAGAAGGCAGCCGAAGCGAGGCUGGCUGCGCAGGAGUCUGGCGUGGAGUUGGAUGAUGCUGGACGGGAUGAAGACAUUUUCGAGUUGCAGCACCACCAUCUGUUGAGAUGUUUGGAGCGCACUACGGAUCGGGAAUUCGUCGAAAUGGAAAAUCCUUACAACGGUGCGGCCAAGCGGCCUGGCUCACCGUCGCCACUGGCAUCACCCGCGCACUCGGGUCGGGCGCCGGCGCUGCUCGCGUGCUGCGCGCGGUGUGGCUGCUGCCCCCAGAAGUACCAGCAAGCAUGCGGUAAAUACAUUCCUGCCGGCAGCACUGUGCAAGGCAACCAGACUGGUGUUGCAAUGGACGGGACAUAUUUAGUGGAGGCGUCUUUCUAGGGUCCAUCCACUAGCGCACAUGUGGAGAGCUACGUGUAACAUGUCAUUGCGCGCAACGUGUCACAACAUGUUCGAACGUGUCCCAACGUGUUACAUGUCGCAGCGCGCAACAUGUCAUAACAGGAUAGUGAAACUAGGCAUUGGACUAGUGAACGGCACAUGCCGUAACAUUACAGAACAACAAUUAUUAGGUUACAAAUCAAAAUCUAUAUAAUUAAUGUCUUGUAAGUCUAACAUGAAACUGCCUAACAUUAUAAUAUCAGAUUUGUAUCGUUAAUGAACAUGUUAUAACGUUGACGUACAUACUGUAGUUGGAUUUAUUCAGUGUUGUAUGUUUGUCACCUUUUAAUAGUUCCUAAAGGCUUUGGAACCUAAUGAUCAAUUACACAUUAAUGAAAACUUGAAUGGUUAUUAUUAGUAAUGUUAUACAAAGAGUCUUGUUCAUCUGAUGUAGAGAUGAACGGAAGUAAUGUAAAUUGAAGGUACCAGAAUGUAUGAAGGGAAUGUAGCUUGGAGCUGAAAAGUAACGAAUAUUACUUAAAAGAAACAUUACUUAAUUCCCAAGAAUAAGUAAAACUAUUUUUAAAAUAUUACAUAAAAAGUAGUAUGUGUGAGAUGUGAGAGAAAUUAAAAAAUUAAAUGUUAAAUAAUAAAUAUUUUAUUAACAUAACAUCUUACUAACUUAUGCAGUAAUUAGUGAAAAUAAAUACAAAAUGGAUUGUAUUGUUUUAACUAAAAAUAGUUAUAUUUAUUACACUACGUAUGCAGUUUUACUCAUCCUUGAAAAAUAUGUUUAUUUCCAGUAAAAUUCGUAAUUUUUAAGUAUAUUCUUGACUGUAUCUAUUAAUUAAGGUACUUUCCCUUCAGAGUAUGUAUUGGUUCUGUAUAAAGAAACAUGGAGAAAUGUAAUUGAUUGAAUAUCGAAUAAAUAUUUAGGUGGUUAAGCUUCAAGACAACAAUUGUGUUUAAGUAUGUGAAUCAAGUUUAAUUAUGUAAUACAGUUGCAAAUCAUUUGAAUCAGAUUAAAAUCUAUCCUUUUUUGAUUAUUAUGUAAAGGAUAAUUUAAUAAUUCCAAUUGCUAAUUGUUUUUAGCGAUUGUCGAAUAUAAUUACAAAAGUUUACAUUUUAAUCUGUCACAAUUUUAAUCUAUGUAUUGUAAUCAAAUGUAUUACAUAAGUAAAACAACAGUUUUAUAGAUCAGGAUGGGUGACCGUUUUCAGUGUUAGAAGACAACGGUACGUCCUCUGUAGAUUCCUUUCCUAGUGUUACGAAAUGAAACAGUAUUAGUUAAGGUUUUAAUGAUAAUAAUGGAUCGAAUCUCGCUUCUCUAACAACGAGAUCCAGCUCCCAGGAGUAAGAGGCGUUAUAGAAAAGACAAAUAGUUUGGAAACUUCAUUAUAGUCAAUAGUAUUUCGAGUCAUAUCAUGUUAGAGCAGAUAUAUUAAAUAGUAAUUAAAUAAACCGAUUCGUAAAUUGUAAUGUGAACGGAUUUUUACU